AUGAUAACACCUGCGGCACCUGCUCGACAACAAUCAGUCCAUGUAGACGGUCCAGUCACGGACGAUGAGCUACAGUUGAUUGCAUUCGAUUCCAUCUUUAGUGGCAAGAAACGACCUCAGCUCCAUCUGAGAAUAGAGCAAAUGGCGCUACCACGCUGCCAGAACAUGCCCAUCUAUAAGUGGAUGUCGACACAAUGUAUGUCUCGCCUUGCGGCCACUCGAGCUGUAUGGGAAAUCCGCAUGAAUCUUUCGCCCGGCGUCGCUCUGUUGCAAGGAGAAUUGUCGGAUACGCCUUCGCCUCAGGUUCUUACUCUUACUGCAGUCAACUUGAGUGACUUCCCUUUCUCCACAGGUGAACGACCAUCUUCACCGCCAAACGUCUACGCGGCAUCGUCGGAGGCCGGGCCAUUCGUCGCUAUGCGGUAUUUCUGA